AUGCAAAAUCGUGCUGAUUUCACCACACACUACGGCAGUGUGUACUUUGAUGAUGAUGUAGACACAUCUCUCUUCUCUGUGCCUCCUCGGUUCAGAGGUUGUGAUGAGGUCCUUCAAGCUGGUCAGGCUGUGAGUGGUAUCUACACGAUAUUCCCAGCUGGAUUCAAUGAUGGGCUACAGGUCUACUGUGACAUGGAGACUGAUGGAGUGGGAUGGAUCGUCAUUCAGAGGCGUCAAGAUGGCAGUGUUGACUUCUACCGCAACUGGGCUGACUACCAGGUUGGCUUUGGCAGCUUGUCUGGUGAGUUCUGGCUUGGGAAUGACAACCUACGCAGCCUGACUGAGACUGAAGGUAAGUGGCAACUACGAAUUGACUUAGAGGACUGGGAGAGUAACACGGCCUGGGCUGAAUACGACGACUUUCAGAUUCAUGGAGAUAACUACAUACUCCAAGUCAACUCAUACAAUACCAACAGCACUGCAGGAGACUCACUCACAAGACAUAAUGGAAUGAUGUUUUCAACUAACGACAGAGACAAGGACAUAUAUGAUUAUGAUUCCUGUGCUAGACUGAAUAAAGGGGGCUGGUGGUAUAGGGCAUGUUAUCAAUCAAAUUUAAAUGGAAGGUUUGGGCAAGGGGAGUUUCAGGAUCACAUAGUAUGGCUGGCUUGGAAGAGCGAUUACUAUAACAUCAAAAGAUGUGCUAUGAAAAUAAAAUCUUCAUAA